AUGGUUUUCUUGCCGCCCAAAGAAUACGGCCAGCUUGAAACGGUCUCCGAUCACAUCCCGAUCUGCGAGUUCAUGCUCAACGAGCAGCAUGGACGGGUGGCCCAUGACCUAUCCAGAGAUCCUUACACUUGCGGGAUCACGGGCAGGUCGUAUUCGUCGCGCGAAGUCGUCGACCGGGUCGACUCGCUGGCUCGCGGGUUGGCCAAAGAAUUCGGAUGGGCGCCAAACAAGGGCACGGAAUGGGACAAGACAAUGGCAAUUUUCAGUGUGAACACGAUUGACUCUCUGCCUCUGUUUUGGGCGGUGCACCGACUGGGAGGCGUGGUGUCUCCGGCGAAUGCUGCAUACUCAGCGCCCGAGUUGAGACACCAGCUGCUGGAUUCCAAAGCCAAGGCGCUGUUCACUUGCAUUCCACUGCUGCCCACUGCCCUUGAAGCUGCUGCCAAGGCCGGUUUUCCCAAGAGCCGAAUUUAUUUGAUCGAUUUGCCACAAGAGAUCCUUGGGAGCACAAAGACUCCAACGGAAUACAAGUCGCUUGCUCAAAUCCUGGAGGCGGGCAAAUCCCUCCCACCGCUGGAAGACCUGAAAUGGGGACCGGGAGAGGGCACUCGCCGGGCGGCAUUCCUGUGUUAUUCCAGCGGCACGUCCGGACUACCGAAAGGAGUGAUGAUCUCCCACCGCAAUGUCAUCGCGAACACACUGCAAAUCAAGGCUUAUGAGAAGAAGCACCGUGAAGCUGUACGGACCAGGUCAAGCCCCGUCCACACCGAUAUUGCGCUUGGCCUGCUGCCACAAAGCCAUAUCUAUGCGCUGGUAGUGAUCUGUCAUGCUGGCGCUUACCGGGGCGACCAGACCGUCGUGCUCCCCAAGUUCGAGCUGAAGUCCUAUUUGGCCUCGAUCCAGCACUUUAAGAUCACCUCGCUCUUUUUGGUUCCCCCGAUCAUCAUCAACAUGCUGAGGAGCCCAGACGUAUGCUCCAAGUACGAUUUGAGCACCGUUCGAGAGCUGUUCACCGGAGCCGCACCAUUGGGUACGGAAACUGCGGCCGAAUUCCAGAAGGUUUACCCCAAUGUGCUCAUCCGGCAAGGAUACGGCCUAACGGAAACCUGCACGGUUGUGACUUCGACUCAUCCCACGGAUAUUCUACUUGGCUCCUCGGGAUGCAUCAUUCCCGGAUUCGAGGCGCGAAUCAUGUCCCCAGAGGGCCAAGAGAUUACUAGCUACGACACACCUGGCGAAUUCGUGGUUCGAGGCCCCAGCGUAGUUUUGGGGUAUUUGAACAACGAAAAAGCCACCAAGGAAACCUUCGAGGAUGGGUGGAUGCGCACAGGAGACGAAGCUGUGAUCCGUCGAAGCCCGAAGGGCACUGAGCAUGUCUUCAUCGUCGACCGCAUCAAAGAGUUAAUCAAAGUCAAGGGUAUGCAAGUCGCGCCUGCAGAGCUGGAAGCUCAUCUUCUCGCCCACCCAGCAGUCGCAGACUGUGCCGUCAUCGCCGUGCCCGACGAGACUGCUGGUGAGGUCCCAAAGGCCAUUGUGGUUAAGUCACCCGCGGCUGGCUCGGAUGAAGCAGCAAGUGAGUCCAUUCGGAAGCAUGUCCAAGAUCACAAGGCUCGCCAUAAGUGGUUGAAAGGCGGGGUGAAGUUUGUCGAUGCUGUUCCGAAGAGUCCCAGUGGCAAGAUCCUACGCCGGCUGAUUCGGGACCAAGAGAAGGAGGCACGGAGAAAGACGGGAGUCAAGCUCUAG